CUCCUCACCCUCUGCGAGCUCCACAGAUAUUCUGUCGCAACGCAACAACUUCGCGUCUACGAUGGGUCUGCCACCGCCUACGUCAAUCUUUGAGCGAACGGGAUACGCGAUUGGUGUCGCUAUCGCUAGCAUCAAAACCGAAGGGUGGCUUAAACGCUAUGGGAUUUCAAGGAUAGAUCACUGGAAGGCUACACUUUGCGUCACGUGCGCUAAAGCUCUGCGUUUCAAUGGGUCGCGUAUACUGCAUGAUUUAGACGAAACGAUCGAACAAUCACUCGAGACAUGUCCACUUUGCGCUAUAGCGGAAUUCUUCUGCUCACUGCACCAGAAUAACUUCGAAAGAGUUACGUUGAAUCUUGUUGAAAACCCCGGGAUGAAGUGCCGGUUGAGUCUGCGCUUUACAACCGGCAGCUAUGUCAAGACCGAGGUCAUCGAGGGAGCGAAGAUCAAGUAUAGCCCUUUGUCUUCGCACAAGUUCAGUGCCCCGGCGCCCAGUACUCUGUCUUCAGAGUCGAUAGGCUUCUUGAAGCAGCAGUUGCAGACAUGCCUCAAACGCCACCCAGAAUGCCUAUCAGCAUCAAACGUACCACCAAGUCGUCUGUUGCAGGUGGAGCUUACAGCCAACUCUAUACAAGACCCCAAUAGCACCAUACACCUCGUGGACGGAAGCGCAGCAGUUGGUGGUUCAUAUGUCACGCUUUCGCACUGUUGGGGUAAAGCAAAUUUCAAGCAACUGACUUCAACAACGGAGUUUGAACUACGCGCAGGACUAACUUCACAAGCGCUACCCAAAACCUUCCAAGACGCAAUUUACGUCUGUCAACAACUUGGUCAGCAGUAUCUUUGGAUCGAUUCUCUGUGCAUCCGCCAGGAUGAUCCCGAAGACUGGGAUCGGGAAGCAGCGAAAAUGCAUCUUGUGUACGCAAACGCGGUUUUCAAUAUCGCCGCUACAGGCGCCGCUAACUCGUCUGUUGGCUUGUCCUUCCAAAGAAACCCUCUUGCUCAUCAGCCUUUCUGCGUCCACACUGGGACUGGAGGACAUGAUCGGUGGCUUUUCUUACCAGAUUGGUCCGAUCACACCAUAUUAGAGAGUCCGCUCAAUCGAAGAGCAUGGGUAUCGCAAGAGCGUUUUCUGUCUAAUCGGAUCAUGCACUUCACCACCGCAGGCCUUUACUGGGAGUGCAGAAGAUCUAGAGCCAGCGACCUGCGCCCAACUCAUGGACCUCUAGGCGGCUGGUUCAACUUCUCCUCAUUUUCUGCGCUGAGGGUCCUUCUCGACUACUUCAGUUUCAGAGGGAAAUCAAUUGCGUCUCUGAAUAGAAAAGAGAGUUGACUCCUUUACUCAAGCUGGGAAAUGUUGGUCAUCGCGUAUACCCUAUGUGGACUAACUCAAGAAGGAGACAAGCUGAUAGCUUUCAACGGAAUAGCUCGGUGGAUGGAAGAGAAUGUAGAAGCAGCUAUG